AUUAAAUUUAAAAAUUCUGUGAAACAGUAAUGAGAAUUACAAUAGAAUUACAACUUUAUUCAGUUUCGUCCUCAUUUUGUGAUGAAAUAUGAAGCCUAUUUUUUUCACUUCUUGACGCAUUUCUACUAAUUUCAUUUUUGUUCUCAACUAGGGUUUAUGUACUUAUUUUUUACACUGUUCUGGGAUGGUUUCAGUCCGUGCAUAUCAUAUUUUACCUCUAACUCGUCGGUCUGAAGCUCAACGUAGAAACCCUUCAGUUUAGCCUGUCUGUUCUCUAUCUCUCUUUGUGGCGCUUCUACAAAACCUCCUCCGCCACACCAUCGUCCCAGUGUUUCCUGAAAGCGCUGCGUGACGCGAUUCUGCGUUGCUCGCCGGCCUCACAGUCACGCAGGAAGAGGAAACUCGCGCGAAUGAAUGAAGUUCCCAGUUAAUCUCAGUCCGCAUCGCUUCUUACGUUCAGAUAAACCAGUUGCGUGAGAAAAGAAACGUUUACUUUUGGUGCGACUGAGAUUAUCGGAGCGUGAAAAAAUACAGUCCCUGUCUUUCCGUUACAAAACGUUACGUUGAAUCGAAUGUUUAACAUUUGUUUUUGAUUUCCUGAAAUAACCUGACUCUUUUCCCAACAUAGACUUUAUUUUAGCCGCCUGACGUUCUCCGGCCGGACGGUUUCUUUUAAAGUCUGUGUAUUUAAGCAAUGCAACUCAAUAUUCCCCCUCAUGAUAUUUCUCUCCCUUUAUCUCUCGUCUCUUCUUACCCACAAUCCUCCCCGAUGCCGGACCACGGUAAACGUAAAGCCCUGAAGUUAAAUUUUGCCAAUCCUCCAAUCAAACCUACUUCCAGAAUCACUCUGAACACUGCCGGACUUCCUUUCCAGAACCCACACAUAGAGCGGCUGCGGACACACAGUAUCGAGUCGUCUGGGAAGCUGAAGAUCUCUCCGGAGCAGCACUGGGACUUCACAGCCGAAGACCUGAAGGACCUCGGCGAGAUCGGCAGAGGAGCGUACGGCUCCGUCAACAAGAUGGUGCACAAACCCAGUGGACAAAUCAUGGCCGUCAAAAGGAUCCGGUCGACGGUAGACGAGCGAGAACAGAAGCAGCUGCUGAUGGACCUGGACGUGGUCAUGAGGAGCAGCGACUGUCCCUACAUCGUCCAGUUUUACGGGGCUCUCUUCAGAGAGGGGGAUUGCUGGAUAUGCAUGGAGCUCAUGUCUACCUCCUUCGACAAAUUCUACAAAUACGUUUAUUCCUCUUUAGACGAAGUGAUUCCAGAGGAGAUUUUAGGGAAAAUAACGUUAGCUACUGUGAAAGCACUUAACCACUUAAAAGAAAACUUGAAAAUUAUUCACAGAGACAUAAAGCCAUCAAAUAUCCUCCUGGACAGGAAAGGCAACAUUAAGCUGUGUGAUUUUGGCAUCAGUGGACAGCUGGUCGACUCCAUCGCCAAAACCAGAGACGCGGGUUGCAGGCCGUAUAUGGCGCCGGAGAGGAUAGACCCCAGCGCAUCCAGGCAGGGUUACGAUGUCCGCUCAGACGUCUGGAGUUUGGGAAUCACACUGUACGAGCUGGCCACGGGACGCUUCCCCUACCCGAAGUGGAACAGUGUGUUUGAUCAGCUGACGCAGGUGGUGAAGGGCGACCCGCCGCAGCUCAGCAGCUCCGAGGAGAGACAGUUCUCCCCCAAAUUCAUCAACUUCGUCAACCUGUGCCUUACAAAGGACGAGUCAAAAAGGCCAAAGUACAAAGAGCUUCUGAAACAUCCCUUCAUCCAGAUGUACGAGGAGCGUACGGUGGACGUGGCCAGCUACGUCUGCAUGAUCCUGGAUCAGAUGCCCGCGUCUCCCAGCUCCCCCAUGUACGUCGACUGAGCGUGGGUUUAAACGUUUGCUUCAUCACAGAACGGCAGUAUUAAAACAGACAGGAACCCGUACACGAGAGCACCGCUCCAGCUCGACUGUAACAUACCUCCCACCCACCCCUCUCUCUCUCUGUCUCUCUCUCUCUCUGUCUCUCUGUCUCUCUCUGUCUCUCUCUCUCUCUGUCUCUCUCUCUCUCUGUCUCUCUCUCUCUCUCUGUCUCUCUCUCUCUCUCUCUCUGUCUC